AUGCCAGAAGCGAUUGCCACCACCAAGCGCAAGUUUUACAAGGCCCUCGACGCGAUCACGAAUCCUUCGCAGUCUUCACUGAAGCAGUCUACAACGGCAUCCUCGACUGCCAACGAGGGCACUCCCAGCAACAAGCGAUCCUCCACAGUCGCCGCUGCCUUUGACGAGGCACGUGAGCGUGCACGAAAGAGAAUACGACAGAGUACAUCUACGACAUCACUUUCCACACUCGACCAACGCGCAGCCGUCAUCUCAAUACCUCGCUCGAAGACAACAAAGGAUACUCGACCACCACCAAACUUCGCACCAUGGUCACAAGAGAGCUUCUUGGCGCGAUUAAAGACUUUCAGCAGCGUUAGUCAAUGGCAUCCGAAGCCCGACGCCAUCAAUGAAGUGGAAUGGGCGAAGCGAGGAUGGGUAUGCGUAGAUCUGAAUACCGUGUCAUGCAAAGGAGGAUGUGGCAAGAGAGUAGUAGUGAGCCUGGAUAAGGAAAGAAAGGACACGCGCGGCAACGAUGCAGAGGGAGACGACGAAGACGAGGACAACGAUGAAGAGGCUGCGGCCUUCGAGCAGGCCCUUUCAGAACGCUAUCGCUCUCAGAUCAUGUCCGGCCACGCCUUGUCCUGCAUGUGGCAUAAAGCGGGUUGUAAAGACGACAUUUACCGUCUCCACAUCGUGCGGCCCUCGAUCUGGCAACCCGAACUACGAAAUCGUUGUCAAUCCCUCCGGAAUAUUCUUCCCUCUAUACAAAACAUCAAGACCCGACCACUCGAUGAUUCAAGCGACAAACUUCUCCGCGACCUCCCCAAGGACAUCCUCGGUAUCGACGCCACUCCCGACCCAAAAGCCUUUCAAAUCGCCCUCCACGGCUGGCGCGGAUCUUCCGAGUCCGGAACACAACUUCUCCACUGCGACGCGUGUUUCCAGCGGAUUGGACUGUGGAUGUACCAGCCAGACUACCAUUCCGGCCGGCCAAACUCCGCAGCCUCCCAUGCCGAUGUCGAGGUUGAAGUCGAAGAUGAAGAAGAAGAUCAAACGACCAUCGAUCUGGUCGAUAUGCAUCGCGAUCAUUGUCCCUGGCGGAGUGCCGACUCGCAAAGUGCAACGGGGAGUCUGGCUGGUUUAAACGCUGUUCAGAUUCUCCACCGCGUCGUGUCGACUUGCGCACGAGAUUUUCGGCGGAGAUCGGAGGAGCACACCAUGGUUAUCGAUGAUUCAUCGCAGAGGGAUGAAGAGGACGAUGAAAAUGUCGCACCAGUGGUGACAUCGAGGGAAGAGACUGAGAGGCAGGAUAAAGAGCGAGAGUCGAAGCUUAGGAAGCUGAAGAACUUGUUCAAUUUCCGGUCUAAGUCGAAGUUGGGAAAAGUAUCGCUAGGGAAUUCGGCGAUAGGGAAGACGGUAGGAUGA